CGGUGCCUGCCUCAUGGCGGACCUGCUCGUGCAGUCCCCGUCAGACUUCGGCAUCAACAUCGCCUCUGGAAGAUCGCUCAGGGUCCUCGAACUUGGUGCCGGCACAGGUCUCGUGGGGCUGACAGUCGGAAAGAUGCUCCAGGCACAGGGCGUGUCCGCCGAGAUCGUCUGCACAGACUUCCACCCGGCGGUGCUCUCCAACCUGCGCAACAACGUCACGUCGAAUUUCGUCGAAGGCGACUCCGCAGUCUCGAUGUCCGUGCACGCCCUCGACUGGUCGACGUUCGCCGCCGCGUCCCCACCUCCUCUCCUCGCGCCGUUCGACCACCCGUUCGACGUCGUCCUCGGCGCCGACAUCGUCUACGAGCUCGAGCACGCGCGCUGGAUCCGGUCCUGCGUCGCAACGCUGCUCCGCAUGACUCCCACAGAAACCACGGCGUCCCUCGCUUCCUCCGACCCACGCCUGCGCCCGCAGCUCCACCUCGUCAUCCCGCUCCGGGCGACACACGCCGCCGAGUCGCACAGCGUCGAGGAGGUCUUCCCUCUCGCGUUCGAUGUGCAUGGCGGAACAGAGUCCUCGCCUGAUGGCGGACCCUUCCGGAGCGCUCUGGGCAUCGUCGCGAAAGAGACUCUGGCUUGCGAGGAUUUCGCCCGGGGCGGUGGUGGCGAGGUCGAGUACGUGCACUACACGAUUUCAUGGAUUUAAUACGGGAUCACGGGGGUUCGGGCUGCCGGUGGAGAUAGAAUAGA